AUGGCAUUUAAAAGGAAUUAUUACGAAAGAAAACAAGUUAAGCACAGAGCUAAGUACGGCAGGUUAGAGAAGAGGAGUGAAUUAAUUUCUAGAUUAAAAAAAAUUAAAGAAAAUAAAAAGAUAAUUAAUGAUGCAAAAAAUGAAAUAGAGAAUGUUACUGGUAAAGAAUAUUUUUUCAAGUAUAAUUCUUUGACUACAAUAAAUGGCAAAUUAUCUACUGUUGAAUAUGACACACAAGACGAACUUACAAAAAAAAAGAUUUUUGUUGAUGAAGAAAUUAUGAGAAUUAAAAAAAAAUUAUUAACUUUUCAAGAUGUUCCGCAGAAUAAAAAAUAUAUUUUUGAUGAAGAUGGCAAUAAAGUUGAAGUGAAACGAAUAACUGAUACUUCUGUAAAUGAAGAACAUAAUGAAUAUAAAAAGUAUCUUAAACAAUUAAUUGAAACAAAAAAAGAAAUAAAUAAUAAAAUUUAUUCAUCUUAA